AUGGCUCAGACGGCGCCCCAGUCGCUGCCUCAGAACAGGCCCUUCUCGCCAGCUAUACCCCAGCAGCAGCAGCAUAGCCCUUCGCCGACCUUGAGCCAGCAGGGCCAUCCUGCUCAACAGCCGCAGCAGCAGCAGCAGCAACCACAGCAGCCGGUACGGCCACGAGCAACACCAGAUGCCCGCUCGCCGACGUUUCCGACGACGUCCUACGCCAACAGCCCUGGUCCUGGCCAUGCUAGUCCAGCUGUGCGGACGCCAACUUCUGGACUUGCCUCCCCAUCGACGCCCUAUCCCCCACAGCCGCAGCAGCAACAGCAGCAGCAGCAGCAGCAGCAACAACAGUCUCAGCCCCAGACUCAACACCAAUACCAGCAUCCACAAUACAACACGGCACCGAUUGCACAGCCGAACGGUCGCGUCACCCCCGGCACCACCGCAUCCCGCUACAGCGCGCCGCCUGGGCAGGCCAACGUCAACCACGCGACGCCUCAGGCCCCGAGCCCCAUGCUGCCACAGACAUCUCAAAUCAGCCAGCCUCCCACCCCGGCGGCUCACGUUUACUCCAAUGCUACAUUCUCACCAGCACCGCAGUCGGCGACCACUCCGGCUACCGGUGCCAUGGGGCCACCUCUGGCAACGGCCAUCAAGCCCCCGGUGCAGGCAAAAACGUACGCGUACGAUAUGGACGACACGCUACAGGGCACUGGCAUCAACCUCGACGAGGAGGAGCAACUGAUGAACGAGUUUGAGGCUAGGACCGGAUUUGGUGCCUUUCCUCCCCGAGGCAGAGGCUCUCUGUUUGGUGCCGGCCCGGCGAAUCAGCCGCCUGAAGAUGUCCAGGCCAAGACGCAGGAGGAGCUGGUGGCAGAAACGGCAGACCGCGCUUGGAACGAGGCAGCGCAUCGCUAUGCCACCUCGGUCGUCUCAGAGGUCCUCAGUCAAGGCUUUAUACAUCCGGGCAUGAUGCACUACCGCAUGAGCAAGAUUGCUGCCCAUCACAAUCUGGAACUAAACCUGGAUCCCAAACCCCCGAACCCCAGUGCGCCCUUGGGCCGCUUCUCUCACCCUAACACUUGGGAGAAGCCCGAGAUCAGAGUCACGACCAAGACUUCCCCCGAUGGCACAAUAGUGUCCACAAAGGGAUCUUUCCUGCCCAAGGAUUCCUACUUAAUUGACCAGAUAGCCCUGCUUUCCCUUGCAACCAAGGAACGAAUGGGUGAGCUCCUAGCUGAGGCAAACCUGGUCGCCUGCAAUCGCCAGCAGAGUGCCCAUGGCGCCAUCCCCCAAGAAUGGGCCGAUGCUGCCGAGCCUCGUGGAAAUAUGGAUAGUGCAGUCAGCCCUCGCACGAAUCCGCUCAAGCGUCCCGCAAGCGAGCUGAGCAAUGGCCUGCCCACCCCUGUAUCGGAGCCAUCGCCGACAAAUCAGUUUGCAGGCACAAUGGUCACCCUAGGAAAGAGGACUCGUGAUGUAGAGGAAGCCCGACUGAGGAAGCGCCAGAAGCGUGCUGAACAGGCGGCCGAGAGGGAGAAGAAUCCAGAUGGUGCCAACGCCUCUCGUUCUGGUUCGGUAGCCCCGGGAACUCCUGGUGCGGCCGCCCCCGACCAGUCAGAGACCAAGCCCAUGUCGAAGAAGGAAAGCAAGAAGGCCGCUCGGUUACAAGAUACCAGCAGUGUGACUGUCAACUCAACGGUGAACCAAUUCAUGGGCAGAAAGGGAAAGAAGUACUCUUGGAUGGCAGGGGGUGGUGGAGGCAGUGGAGCGAGCACACCGAGAGGCCCUGCCACAGGCCCCGCAAGCGGCGCGGGAGGUUCCAGUGGCCGAAACACCAAAGGACCUCUCACGCAAGAUCCUAGCCAGAAACUGGGCGAGCUCCGCGAGGACUCCGCCAAAGGAAAGAAUAUCCAGAUGCGAGACUGGGUACAGGCGCUGGAGCUCCACGGCCGAUCUACGGAUUACAGGGUCCUCCAGCAGGCCUACAUCAAGCUGGACAGAUCGGAUUGGGGCGAUAAAGCCGUAGUGCCAACUCCAACGCCGGCGCCGGUGCCAUCCCCUACCCCUUCAACGGCGGCCACGCCCUCUGCUGCCGCCUUGGCGGGUGUCGCCACCCCCGUGGCCUCAACACCAGUAGCGUCCACGCCCAUGGCGGAGGCUGCCUAG